AUGUCCUUUAAAAAACAUGAUACAUACGUCUAUCAAUUAUCUCAACCAGUUUUGGAUUCUUUACAAUUGUUAUAUUUCGAUGAUCGAUUGAAUGUAUGCGAACCACAUUCACCUACCGAACCACAAACAGCCACAGCAACCUCUCCGUCAUCUGUAAUUGUUCAAACUAAUGAUAAUGGAAUCAAUACUACAAAUUUACAUUGUAAUGCAUGUAAUGUUGAUCUACAGGAUGCGAUUCAACAGAGAUCUCAUUACCAAAUGGAAUUACAUACGGUGAAUCUAAAGAGAAAAUUCCAUGGCUUAUCACCAGUAUCAGAUUUAUCAAAAUUACCAAAGGAAGAAGAUACUGUUGCUACGUCAAAUAUCGAUGAAACAAAUACCAUUGUCGAAGAAAACGAAUCCAAUGAGGAUGAUGAAGAAGAAGAAGGAGAAGGAGAAGGAGAAACCGACAAGGAUGAUGAUGAUAAUGAUGAGGAAGAUAAUGAUGAGGAAGAUAUCUAUAAGGAAAACUCAUCCACACUAGAUACUCAAUUGAAUUCAUUUACACCAUUUUCUGAAGAUGACAAGAGAGAAAGUCAUCUAAUGAAUCAAACACCCUAUAUUCUAUUCAAGUCGAAACUAAUCGAGAAAGAAUAUUCGGUAUUUGGAACAUACAAGGUCUUAUUCAAUAAUGAUCAAUUAGAAAAACCAUUAGAGACUUUAACCCAGUGGGGCCAAAAUAUAGAAUCCACUUCAAACAAAUUUUCUGCAAUAUUCAUGAUUGGUGGUGGUCAUUUUGCAGGUGCAAUUAUUUCACAUCAACGAUUAAACAUUAAAGGAAAUCUAACAAAACAGGCUGUCUCACAACAGGAACAAGCAACUUUAUUCUUAGAACAUAAGACUUUCCAUAGAUAUACUACAAGAAGAAAACAAGGUGGUUCCCAAUCUGCAAUGGAUAAUGCAAAGGGUAAGGCCAAUUCAGCGGGUUCCAGUAUUCGUAGAUAUAACGAAGCUGCUUUAAAAACCGAUGUCCAGAGUCUAUUGAAAGACUGGAAACCAUAUUUAGAUAAUUGUGAAAAUAUUUUCGUUAGAGCUCGAAGUGCAUCUGAUCGUAGAAUAUUUUUUGAAGAUGAUUUCUUACAAAAGAAUGAUGCUAGAAUUAAAAAUUUACCAUUUACUACAGGUAGACCAACUGUUGGUGAAUUAAAAAGAUCCUGGUGUGAAUUAUCAUACCUAAAGAUAACUUCUUUACCUAAUCCAAUUGUUAUCAAGGAAAAGACUCAUCCCAAAGAACCAAAGAAGAAAUCAAAGUCCUCAAGUGUCGAAAUACCUCUAACAACUCAAGAGAAACAGUCUGAUGAGAUUAUUCAAUUAUUGAAGAAGGGUAGAGCUCCAUUGUUAAUAUCAUAUCUAAGAAAAAAUAAAAUCGAUAAAGAUCUUGUUCUAGAACCAGACUCUAAAUAUGGGAUUACGCCUACAAUGUUGCAUUACUGUUCGCAAAACGGUUUAAAACAGAUGGUUUUAAUAUUAUUAACUAAUUUAAAAUGCUCUCCAAUCAUCCAAAACAAUAGUGGUAGAACAGCAUGGGAUCUAACAAAGUCUGAUGCUGUUAAACAAUCAUUCCAAAUUGCAAGACAUAACUUGGGAGAAGAAUUUACGUCUUGGAAGGAUGCCCAUGUCGGCGAACCAUUAAGUCGAGAAGAAGUAGAAAUGAUCAACAAGAAAUUGGAAGAGGACGAGAAAACUAAAGUUGAUAAUAUCGUUAAGAAGGAGUUACAGAAUGUAAAAGAAAGACAAAAAGAGGACUACGAAAAGAAGAAUGGUAAAGGUCACACACUUAAUACGUUAUCUGCCGUACCAAGCAUAUCCACGGAACAAAACCUAAACUCUCUAACAGGAGAUCAAAAACGUAGGCUAAUGAGAGAACAACGUGCUAGAGCAGCAGAAGCUAGAAUGAGUAAAACCAAAUAA